AUGGAUUCCGUUAAACAAAUAUCAUGCAAGAACGAGACCAACAAGACCCAGCUCCGCCUGGAAACCCUACUGACUAGCAGACAAGAAAGGAUCCGUGGAAGAUACUUCCCGUCCUCAUGGCUCCUCUUCCUCGUCUUAUGGCACACCCCCUUUUGGGGCCUUCGUCCUCUGAGCCUUACUAACACCUUCUUCGCCCCCAAGCGUACCGAAGCGCAUUCGUCACCAGUCUACCGCGCCAUGCUAGCCACAGAAAAGUGCACCAGCGGGCCGGGAUCGGCAACUUCCAAAGCCAUCCUAAUUGAACAUUUUCUCCAGGAGAUUGACGUGGAAAAUGGAAAGGAUCCUAGCCUAGCUCUGCAAGACCAAGGAGUUGACCAGGAAGUGGUUGGAGACAAACCUACUCAGAAUUCGGGACCAAAGAAGGAUAGGAAGCGUGGAAAAAAUGUGACUAGUGAGAAGGCUGGUGGAGUGGCUUCGGGUAUUGGGAUAGGCUGUUAA